GGCUGGGGGGAGGCUUUCUUUCCCUCCUGACUCCUUCUGUGGCUCUGCAGCGUGCUGAAGCGGCUCCUUCCAGACUGAACUCAGUUCAGCUAAACUUUCGGAGGGAUUUUCCUGUGGGGUGCCUCCGGCUGCAGAGCGGCGUUGCAGGGCUCCUGCUAGAGGGAGGUGGAGGAGGUGCGCUUCCUGCAUUCCUCUCAUAGCACACUCGCACAAUCCCAGCUGGAAUCCAGGCUGGGGGGAGAGAGAGCGCCAGUCGGAAGAAGGAAAAGGGAAGAGAGACGCUGCUUUGCCUGGGGUUGAUCUCCUUUUGCAGGAUUGUCGCCUCCCCAGCCAUGUUUUCCCAUUAAUGGGAGCUCAGCCCCUGAGGUCUGCGGGAGAUCAGAAGCCUUUGGAUUCUGGUUGCACUUCUUGCCUGCUUUUUGCACAGGGCAGCUUUGGAAACAGAAACACUUGGUGAGUGAGGGACAUUGAUUAAGAGCAGGAACUUCCAUCCGAGGCCGGAAUGCAGUGUCUGGAUGGCCGCUUUCCCUCCCAGGGCAGAGGGGGACUGGAGUUUCCUGUGCGGUUCUGGGGCUGACCAGCAGAAUUUGUACUUAGCCAAUUGCACUAGGAAGGAGGAAACUUUUAAAUGUCUCUUCUCCUUUUUGCCAUUCUUAAAUAAGCCACGUUCUUUCUCGCAGGGGAGCCAGGCCGCCGGCUCUGACUGCAGUUGGAUUUUUAGACAUCGAUCUUUAUUGCUUGUAUUAAAAAUCCUCCCAACACUCGAGCCACUGAUGCGGUCCACAUAAUCCCCGGAAAUCAAACCAUUAUUUUUUGCAGUUUUAAAAAGUCCACUCUCCGCUCGCUUGCUUUAUCGACACGGAGGAUGAAGGAUUUGCAGUGAAAGCUCGCUGAAGUGCAACAUCUCUGCCCUCUCCUGUGAAGCCAGCCUGUUAAAUCGUGUGCGGUAAAAGCAAGACAGAGAAUACCGUUGGCAGCAAGGCAUCCUUUGUGUAGCUGACCCAAAGAGCUGCAAGUGUGCCGUCAGUUUGGGGGAAAAAGAAGAAAAUCUUUUGGUCUCCAGCUCACCAGGAGAUUUUUUGGGGAGGAUUGAAGAGAGCCUCAAGUGAGCCCAAUUACUGAAAGGACUGAAACCAUUUCUGAGUGGAGAUUUUGGACCUUCAGGAGGAAGGCCAGGUGUCUCCCCCCCCCCCCGCUACACCUGGCUGAGGAAGUCAAAGUGACAGAAAUAAGGUCUAGGGCAGCUUUUGCAUUCCACCCCAAAGGAACCACAGUUUGAGAUGAGGAAUUCAGAAGAGCAAACAGCUACGACAGUUCUACAGCGUCUGCUGCAGGAGCAGCUCAGAUACGGAAACCCAAAUGACAACCGCAACCUCCUUGCUUUACAUCAACAAGCCACAGGGAAUGCACCCCCUUUCAACAGCAGUGGGAGUCCAGGGUCUCAGAACGAAGGGCUGAGCACCCAGGACCAUCAGCUUGUGACUCAUGCUGCCCGCCAAGAGCCCCAGGGCCAGGAGAUUCAAGUGGACAAUAGCAUCAUGGAAAAGCAGCUCUCUCCAAGACUUCAGAACAGUGAAGACCUCCCAACGUACGAAGAAGCUAAAGUCCAGUCACAGUAUUUCCGGGGCCAGCAGCAUGCUAGCGUUGGGGCAGCAUUUUAUGUGACGGGAGUAACCAAUCAAAAGAUGAGGACUGAAGGGCGGCCUACGGUUCAGCGAGUGAACCCUGGGAAAGUCCAUCAGGAUGAAGGACUUAAGGACCUCAAGCAAGGACACGUUCGCUCUCUCAGUGAGAGGCUGAUGCAGCUGUCAUUGGCCACUAGCGGCGUCAAAGCCCAUGCGCCCGUCACCAGUGCGCCACUUUCCCCCCCGCAGCCAAAUGACCUGUACAAAAACUCGAGUUCCAAUGAUUUCUAUAAAAACUCAGUGCCCACGCCGCCCCAGCCAAAUCUGAAAGUGAUAGAGCACCGGGGCCCUCCGCCAGAGUAUCCUUUCAAAAACAUGUCCACCCCACCCAUGAACUGCAAACCUCAGGACCCUGGGCAUUUCUAUAGUGAUCAUCGCAUGAGCCAGCAGAGUCGAUCCGAUGGGCCUAUGAUGAGAUAUCAGCAUCCUCCUGAUUAUGGAUCAGUCAGGCAAAACCCUGAUCUCCACCUGCAGUUACAGCAGAGACCCCCUCACCAUCACAGCCCUACAUCCUCCUUAACCUCCUUGGGAUCUUUGACCUUACUACAGUCUCCACCACCAUCCAGACUGUCUCCUUCCCAGCAUCAGCAACCCCUGACUCCAAAUCAGGGAGACCCGUGCUAUCUACCGCGCACUCAGCAGCUGUUCCUACCUAACCAGGUCCAUCAGGGAGACUUCUACCGACUAUGCCAGCCCAGUCUCAGCCAGCAGCAGCAGCAAGGAGAUUCCUACACGUUAAUGCCAAGAGCUCAGCAGAUACCUUCUCCUUAUCAGCAGAUGCAAGUAGAUCCUUUUGCCAUUGUUUCCAGAGCCCAGCAGAUGGUGGAGAUCCUGUCGGAGGAGAAUCGAUCCUUACGGCAGGAGUUGGAUGGGUGCUACGAGAAAGUGGCCAGGUUACAGAAGCUGGAAACAGAAAUACAGCAAGUUUCAGAAGCCUAUAAAAACCUGGAGAAGUCCUCCUCUAAGCGGGAUGCCCUGGAAAAGGCUAUGAGAAACAAGCUGGAAGGAGAAAUUCGUAGGCUUCAUGAUUUCAAUAGGGAUUUGAGAGAGCGGAUGGAGACGGCCAACAAGCAGCUCGCUGAAAAGGAAUUUGAGGGAUCUGAGGACAAUCGGAAAACCAUCUCUCAGCUCUUUGCACAAAAUAAAGAAACGCAGAGGGAGAAGGAGAAACUGGAGAUAGAACUAGCUGCUGCACGCUCCACCAAUGAGGAUCAACGAAGGCACAUUGAGAUUCGUGAUCAGGCCUUAAACAAUGCUCAGGCCAAAGUGGUGAAACUGGAGGAAGAGCUGAAAAAGAAGCAGGUUUAUGUUGAGAAGGUGGAGAAGAUGCAGCAGGCAUUGGUUCAGCUGCAGGCAGCCUGCGAGAAACGAGAACAAUUGGAGCACCGCCUCCGAACCCGCCUGGAGAGAGAACUGGAGUCCCUCCGGAUGCAGCAGCGUCAAGGUACAUCUCAGACUGCCGGCGCUUCGGAGUACAACGCCACAGCACUUAUGGAACUCCUGCGAGAGAAGGAGGAGAGAAUUCUUGCCCUGGAAGCUGACAUGACUAAAUGGGAACAGAAGUACCUAGAGGAGAGUGUGAUGAGACAGUUUGCUUUGGAUGCAGCAGCUACAGUGGCUGCUCAGAGGGACACAACUGUGAUCAGCCUCUCGCCUAAUGCUAGCUACGACACCUCCUUGGAAGCUCGCAUUCAGAAGGAAGAGGAGGAGAUCCUGCUGGCCAAUAGGCGGUGCCUUGACAUGGAGGGCAGGAUAAAGACUCUUCAUGCUCAGAUCAUUGAAAAGGAUGCCAUGAUUAAAGUUCUCCAGCAGCGCUCCCGGAAAGAGACCAGUAAGACAGAUCAGCUAUCGUCAAUGAGACCAGCUAAGUCCUUGAUGUCAAUCUCUAACGCUGGAUCAGGCUUGCUGUCCCACUCUUCAACACUGAGCAGCACACCCAUAUUGGAAGAGAAAAGGGAGGACAAAAGCUGGAAGGGCAGUUUAGGUGUUCUGCUGGGUCCAGAAUAUCGCUCGGAAUCAAUUCCUUCAACUCCCUCGCCAGUCCUUCCCUCCACCCCACUGCUAUCUGCACACUCCAAAACAGGCAGCCGAGACUGCAGCACUCAGACAGACAGGGGAAGUGAACAAAAUAAAGCUGCUUCUUCUACUGCAGCCCUGGUACCAGGGCGACUCCCUACGACCAGUGUGCCCUAUAAUUCAGACAAAACAGAUGGACCAGUUUUCCACUCUAGCACUCUGGAAAGAAAACCUCCUGUUCACAGCUUGGGGCAGGACCUCACUGAUGCAGAAAUGGUGGAAUACCUCAUCUGAAAGGCUGAACUUGUAUCAAAACUGGGACAUGAUAGCAAGAAUUUUUUUUAAAAAGACAAUUUUAUUGGAAAAAAAAUGUAGUACCUGAGUAAUAAAGGAACACUCAGCUCUUUACUCUUGUAUAUUAUGUCUCAACAAUGUGGACAGGUUAAUUUAUAAUUUGUUUUAAAUUAUAAAAUACUUGUUCUUUGAAAGUCAUUCCCUCCUCUCCCUUUCUCUCCAAGCUUGUUUUUAAUACUGGAUCUGGUAACGUCUGGAUAAAACAAAGGUCUUAAAUGCACUAAAUUCUAUUUUUAAUUGCAGUAUUUUUUAAACCUUGUAUUUUUUUUAAAGUACUUACUUU